CAUCACUGCAGAAUCCACUCUCUCUCUCUCUGCGCUGCAACUGCGAACAGUCAAUCAGGUAAAGAUGACGACUUUGCCCAGAAAUCAAAGAUCUCUCCUUUCGAUCUGGAGUUCUCUUGGUCUUGAAUUCCCGGAUCACGCAUUCGUUGAAGAAGAAUCUGCUUCACCCAUCUUCUCUGCCGCAGGGAAGACCAAGAAGAAGGAAGAGAAGAUAACCCGAGAGGAAUUCGAUGUCGGCCGGGAUGGCGACGUCGCUGGACGCAGCCGAGGGCCCGAUCCCGACGUCGGCGGUGCUGACGGCGUCGUCGAAGCACAUCGGGGCGAGCUGCCUGUCGGAGAACGUGGCCUUCCUCAAGUGCAAGCAGAAGGACCCCAACCCGGAGAAGUGCCUCGAGAAGGGCCAGCAAGUCACCCGCUGCGUGCUCCACCUGUGAGCACUGAAAGAUCUUCACCAGAGGUGCACAAAAGAGAUGGAUGCUUAUGUUGGUUGCAUGUAUUACCACACAAACGAGUUCGAUUUAUGCCGCAAAGAGCAACAAGCCUUUGAAAAGGCAUGCCCAUUGUAAUUAAAAGGGGGUUAGUACCUCGAAUCUCAACUCUUUAAUAACUUAGAGCAGCUUCCAAGGUAGCAGAUGCUGCUGUGGUUCAAACCCUCUUGAAUGUUGUCAAGAUGUUGCGCUUGAACAGCUCAAGUUAGUCUUUUUUUGAAAUGUCUGAGAGCAAUAAGUCUACUCUUGUGCGCUUAACUACUGAUGAACGCAUUCCUUGUUGGAAGAUUUUUUACCAAUGCUACCUUCAGUUUCCAUUAGAUGUGGCAAAAUGGUGACAUUAUCUAAUUUUUAUAAAUCUAUUUAUUGUUUGAGUAUUAUAAA